AUGGCAUGGGGCAUGGCCGGUCAAGUUGCAGUCUGGCGGGAUGUUUGGUUGCAGCAAAUCAGUGCAAGUGGAUCAUCGCGGCGGGGUGACUUUGACGCUUCACCGUUCCAUCAGGCCUCUACAAACAGCUACGACACUGCACCACCGCCUCUGUUCUACACACAGCGCUCUCCUCGGCCUGCGUAUCCUACUGAUACGCCUUGGCCGAGCCCUAAUCACACUACUUUGCCAGAGUAUUGCAACCUCCAGCCUGGGUCCUCGACUACCUUAUCGUCUAUUAUUUCCCGUUUGCAUGGUCACGAACUUAUCGAUGAUGUUACAUCGGCAUUCCGCGAUCGGCAUAAUCGCGCGCUCGGACGACUUUCUUGUCCUGUGUACUUGCAGAGCCGCGCGUUCUUCCACCUUUCUCAAGCACUGAUCCUACAUGACAUCUGGUAUACCGAUAAGACAUGUCGGACAUAUCUCCUCAUGACCGAUGAAGUCGAUCUCAAAAUAUCAAAAGAUAUUCGUUGA